AUGCGGCAUCCUCUAUGCACUAUGCGUGCAUAUCCUCUUGACCCCUUCCUUUGAUGGCCGCGCGCGCCACUGAGCACUCGGAUAUGCAUAAGUAGUUCCACUUGCGGCCUCCCAGCAAAGCCCUAUAUAAGCGCCCCCUUCCAAGAAAGAUUCAGUUCAAGCUCGUCUACCCCACUGCUCGCUCAGCAACCAGCAUAUAACACAUAGUUUAAUUUGACACCUGUCGACACUCGAGAGAGAGGAGCAUGGCGACCUUGCGCAGGCAGCCGAGUCUGGAGUUCGACGUCAAGGUCGUGAGGGUGGCCGGCGUAGAGGCGCGGCUCGAGGGUAGCCUCUUUGUGAGGUACUACGUCCCGGCCGGCGACGGGAGGCGGCGGAUCCGCGUGGACACGCGCGAGGUCCCGUGCGGCGCCGGGGGCGACGACGUGCUCUGGGGAGAGCGCGUGCGCUUCCAGCUGGCGGGCAACGCCGGGGCCGUCGCCGCGCCGGGCAAGGUCGCGUUCGAGCUCCGGUGGAGGCCGCGCCCAUCGUCGUCCGGGCUCGCGGCGUUCCUGGGGACAGGGAGGCCGUCGUCGCGCGUGCUGGCGCGGGCCGAGCUCGCUUUGUCGGCGUCGGCGGAGAGCUGGCUGAGACUCUCGCCGGCGAGCCGGGAGCUGGGCGGCGGGUGCAAGGCGCCCAAGUUGCUCGUCGAGGUCAAGAUCCUCCACGGCGUAGCGGCUGCCGAUCGCGUGGUCGUGCAGGCGAGGAAGUUCGGCGGCGUGAACGAGUGCUGCCGUGGCGGCGAGCGCUGCGGCAGCUGCGGGUGGGUCGGGACCGAGGAGGACAUGUUCCUGGCGGCGACGUUUACUCAAUAGCAGUACCACUGUACCAGUAUUGUGAUGGUAGGUGAACUUCGUAGUAGAGCUCUUCCAGCAAGCAGUUGUCGAUUUCAGUCAAACUCGGGCGUGAAAUAUGAACAAAUUUUGAACAAGAUGCCAAAUUCAGUUCUGGUAUUUUUGCGCUUCCUCGUCGCCGGGCCAACGAUUGUUCUUCCGCGCUCAGGCGGCUCUGAGCGGUGUGCACAUCGGAGACGCGGCGCGCAGCCGUGAAGCUUCAACGGAAAUUAAGACGGGGGUCGAACUAAGUGGAUCAUGCACUAGCCCUUUUUUUUAGUUAAGAAGACUAUAUACGAUACUAAAGUAGGGUUUGGCAUCACAGUAGAUCACAAAGAUCCCGUUUGCCCUGUCAAUUUUUGUUUAUUUUAGCAUCCGUUUGAAUUUAACUUUUUUGUGCUUUUUUUCACAGUAGUACAGUACAUUAUAAAACACAAGAGGUAACAAUCACAGUGCAACUAACUUUAGUCUGCUUGCAUACAGAUCUAAGGAGCCCCUGAAGAGCUCCAUUUCAGCAUUUGUGACCUCCCUUCCCUUAAUCUUUUAUUCUAAACUGGG